UCUCGGUAAUGCGUUAAUCUGCUUGAAAGGUUUGAAGUUUGUCAGCUGACCGGCAGUUACAGUAAAAUGUAGAAAUGUCCAGUUUCUAAAGGUUUUCAGUGAGUGAAUGCGGUGUCGAUCGUCCGGAGCGGCUCUGAUUCGCAGGAGGAGACUUUUAUCAGAUCCACAUGGCAGGUGUUAAAGUCUUCCUCGAGUCCCUUAGGAAGGGCCUGAAGGUGGACUUGAUUAGGGAAGUGUGCCGGCAGUACCCGUUCAUCUGCUUCGUGCUCAUCUCCAUGCUCUCCUCAACCAUAAUCCUCAACAGGUAUCUCCAUGUCUUGAUGGUAUUUUGGUUUUUCCUUGCUGGAGCGAUCACCUUCUAUUGCUCGCUCAGUCCCAGCAGCCUCGUGCCGAAUGUCCUUAUUCCCAUAAAGACUAAAGAGAAAGAACAGCAGCAGGAGCUCUUCCCACAGGGCCACAGUUGUGCAGUUUGUGGGAAGACCAAGUGCAGGCGACACAGACCAGCUCUUCUUCUGGAAAACUACCAGCCGUGGUUGGGAUUGAAGGUCUACUCGAAGGUGGACGCUUCCAUCGGAGAGGUGUUGGAGUUGGUCCUAGAGAACUUUGUGUAUCCAUGGUACAGGGACAUUACAGAUGACGAAGCCUGCGUGGACGAACUCAGGCAGACGUUUCGGUUUUUCGCCUCCGUUCUGGUUCGGCGAGCACAGAAGGCGAACGUUCCUUCUGCCAUCACAGGCAAAAUGUUGAAAGCAGCCAUGAAACACAUAGAGAUUGCUACUAAAGCACAGCAAAAAGUGGAUAAAAACCGGCCCUUGCAGCAGGUGGCGUUGGAGGAGUACGGCGCGGAUCUGCACGUGGCCCUGCGCAGUCGCCGGGACGAGCUGCUCUACUUACGCAAGCUCACGGAAAUGCUCUUUCCUUACGUCAUGCCACCUAAAGCUACAGACUGCAGAUCUCUAUCACUGCUGAUUCGAGAGGUCAUGACUGGCUCUGUGUUUCUCCCAACCAUGGACUUCAUGGCCGACCCUGACACAGUGAACCACAUGGUCCUCCUGUUCAUCGAUGACACUCCUCCCGAGUCAGCAACUGAGCCUUCGUCUGCACUGGUGCCCUUCCUGCAGAAAUAUGCAGACCCACGCAACAGAAAUCCCUCCGUGCUGAAGCUGGACCUGAAGGAGAUUCGCCAGCAGCAGGACCUGUUGUUCCGCUUUAUGAGUUUCCUCAAACAAGAAGGAGCCGUGCAUGUGCUGCAGUUCUGCCUCGCUAUAGAGGAAUUCAACGAUAAGAUCUUGUGCCCGGAGCUGAGUGACUCUGAGAUGCAGUGCCUGCACGCCGAGAUACAGAAGAUCUACGUGACGUAUUGCCUAGAGGAGAGCAUCGACAAGAUCAGCUUCGAUCCCUUCAUCAUCGAGGAAAUCCGCACCGUUGCAGAGGGCCCGUACCCAGACGUGGUAAAGCUGCAAAAGAUGACAUGUCUCUUCGAGGCUUACGAGCACGUCCUGUCUUUGCUGGAGAAUGUCUUUACGCCGAUGUUCUGCCACAGUGAUGAGUAUUUCAGAUACCUGCUGUGGGGUGUUGAAUCUCCUCCUAGAAAUGCCAAGCUAAACAGGAAUUUGAGUUUGGAUGAUUUAAGGAACCCACCCAAACGCGGCGAGUCGUUCGGGAUCAGCCGCAUCGGCAGCAAGCUGAAGGGCGUGUUUAGGAGCAGCACGCUGGAAGGAGCGAUGCCCCCUUCCUACAGCAUGGUCGAUGGAGAGGAGGACGUGGUGGAGGAGGCGACCGUGGUAGUGGAGGACGACUGUCCCGUCCCGGUGGAGGUGGUGGCUACUCCAGGAACGCAGCGCAACCUGACGGCGUGGAUCAUCUCUAUCCCCUUCGUAGACUUCUAUGACGACGAAGCCAAGAAAGAGCGCGUUCCUGUCUUCUGCAUCGACGUCGAGCGACACGACCGCGAGCAAGUGGGUCAUGAGACAGAACGCUGGUCAGUCUACAGGAGGUACCUGGAGUUCUACGUCCUCGAGUCCAAACUCACAGAGUUCCACGGUUCAUUCCAGGAUGCACAGCUCCCUUCUAAACGAAUAAUCGGACCAAAAAACUAUGAGUUUUUAUCCUCCAAGCGUGAAGAAUUUGAAGAAUACUUGCAGAACCUGUUGCGACACCCCGAGCUGAGCAACAGCCAACUGUUAGCAGACUUCCUCUCCCCUUACAGCAUGGAGACGCAGUUCCUCGACAAGAUGCUGCCUGACGUCAACCUGGGAAGGAUUUUCAAGUCGGUACCAGGGAAACUCAUCAAGGAGAAAGGACAGAACCUGGAGCCGUUCCUUCAGUCCUUCUUCAUGUCGUGUGAGCAACCGAGACCCAAACCGUCCCGCCCUGAACUCACUGUACUCAGCCCCACAGCUGGCAGCAAUAAAAAGCUUCACAAUGUUCUGUAUAAGAACAACGCGGCCCAAACGGACAGCACGGACAGGAAGCUGAAGCAGAACUAUUUUUUGGAGCAGAUGGAGCUGGAGGGAGUUUACGACUACGUGAUGUAUGUGGGACGCGUGGUGUUCCACAUGCCUGACUGGCUGCACCACGUGCUCUCGGCAGGCCGUAUACUCUGUAAGCAGACUCUGGAGGCGUACAUGGACCAGUACCUCCAGUACAAACUGGACCAGAUCCUACAAGAGCAUCGCCUCGUCUCAUUAAUCACUCUCCUGAGAGAUGCGGUGUUCUGUGAGAACAAUGAAGAGCGCUCACCGGAAGACAAACAGAGAAGAGCCAAGCAAACAUUUGAAGAGAUGAUGAACUACCUGCCAGAUAUGGUGGGGAGGUGUGUAGGAGAGGACAACAAGUACGAGGGCAUUCAGCUGCUCUUCAACUGCCUCCAGCAGCCUCUCCUUAACAAACAGAUCACUUACGUGCUGCUUGACAUUGCGGUUGAGGAGCUUUUUCCAGAGCUCAGUGCGAAAGAAAACCCAAGAAAGAGACAGAUGUAAAUAAAGAAUAAUCAGAGGCUGGCCGGAAAUUUUGACAUUCCAGUGUUUAUUAUUGCAGUGAUGAAAUAAAUAUAUUUAUUAUUCAUUUUAA